AUGGUAAAUCAAGAAGCAAAUAUCUCUGAUUACUAUGUUCGCAGGGGUGGUCAUAUUGUCUGGAAUAUCAAUCUACCCUAUAAUAGAAUUACUGAUUUGCUUUUCUCUCAAUUAUCUAACCUUCUCAAGCUUUUGGAAGACGUUUGUAUUCCUCAGAAUGUUGUUGAUGAAGUUGUAUGGGAACUUGACAAGAAUGAGAUUUAUUCCUUAAAAUCCAUGUAUAAUCUGCUUUUCCAUGAUAGGGUUAGAUGGUCCAUGCAUGUUCUUGCUAGGUCGUGGAAGUGGCCUCUACCUCUUAAAAUACAAGGAUUUUUGUGGCUGGCGCCCCAAGAUAAAGUGCUUACUAUUGAUAAUCUUAUAAAGCGAGGGAAGAUUUUACCCAAUAAUUGGCUUUUGUGUAAGGAGGAUGGGGAGUCCGGUGAUCAUUUCUUCCUUCAAUGCCCUUUUGCUAAUAAGAUAUGGAGAUGGUUUUUUGAGAAGUUGGGGGUUGCACUUGUAAUGCCUCUUUCGGUGGUGAGGAGCUUUCCGUUACUCUUCCAAAGAUUGCGGCUAUUGCGUGGCAAAUUUCAAGAGGAGUCAUCCUUUGGGAAAUCUGGAAAGAGAGAAGUAGGAGAGUUUUUGAAGGAGUUUCAUUACCUUUUGGAAAAGCUGAAAGAUAAAUGGAUGACUCCACCACCUGGGGUGUACAAACUUAAUUUUGAUCGCAGCUCGAUAGGCAACCCGGGUGCAUCUGGUUUUGGAGGGGUGAUAGGAGAUUGGGCUAGAAAUGUGGCUCUUUCGUAUGCGGGUCCAUUUGGGGUGCGGACUGCUAAAUAUGCUGAACUCUUUGCCCUUCUUUUUGGGCUGCGGGUUAUAUGGAGAUGA